AGUGAAACAGCCGACAGUUAAGCUCCCCGAAAAGAAGUUCGCGUCUGCCGAAGUAAAGAUUACAUUUCUCUAUCUUUUUUUAACCUCUGAAUCCCAUUAUCAGAGCCACUGUUUUACCUGUUUGGGGCGUUUGCGGACACUGACAGGAGGGCCCUGAUGGACCGGCUGACUCUGUCCCACAUAGAUGAGCAGCUGGACUCCUCCAACGUGGCCGAGCUCUGCUUCCUGUGUAGUGAUGUCAUCAACAGGAAGCGUCUGGAGGGGAUCGAGGACGCGAAGAAGCUCUUCAUGAGACUGGAGGAAAAAGGUUUGCUUGAGAACAGUUGUUUCCUGUCCCAGCUGCUCAGGACGAUCCACCGAGCCGAUCUCCUGGGCCUCCUGCAGCCUGAGGCCGAGGAGACGGACGCCAACCCGGUCCUGGCCGAGUACAGAGUGAUGCUGUACAACAUAUACGAGGACAUGACCACGGAGAAUCUGGAAAAAAUGAAAUAUUUACUGAGCAGCGACCUGGGCAGAAGACAGCUGGAGAUCAGCGACACUGCGCUGGAUGUGUUUUUGGAAAUGGAGAAGAUGGGAUUAAUUAGUCGAAGCAACGUCCAAAAGCUCCACGAGCUGCUGCAGCAGUUUGAUCAGAAGCUGGCAUCGACUGUGCACAACUACAUGCAAGGGCAACAGCAGCAGCGUGGAAACGUAGUGGCCCCGCACGUCAGCAUGGAUCAGCAGAAGUCCAGCCACAGCCCUCGGCCUUCCCAAGUGUCUCUGUCCACGCCGGACACGGAGCUCAGCUAUGGAGGCGUGGACCUUGACUCUGAACCCGUGGUGUCCUACCCCGAUGAGUACUACCGCCUGGUCCACAACCCUCGAGGUCUGUGCGUGGUCUUCAACAACGAGGACUUCUCGGGGACAGAGCUGUCCAGACGGGGAGGAACUCGCGAGGAUGCAACGGCUCUGGAGAACCUGUUCUCCCGCCUGGGCUUCACGGUCCAGAUCUACAAGGACUUCACUGCAGCAGAGAUCCGCCUUCAGGUCCAGAAUCUGGCCAAAAGAAACUUUCUGCGUGAAGACGCUUUGGUGGUGUGCGUGCUGUCCCAUGGAGAAAAGGGCUGUGUGUUCGGCACGGAUCAGAAGAAGCUGUGGCUGAGAGAACUGACGGAGCCGUUCAGGAGCGGCAGCGUGCCCACCCUGGCCGGGAAGCCCAAGCUCUUCUUCAUCCAGGCCUGUCAGGGCAGCGGCUACCAGCAGGGCUCCCUGCCCAGUCCUGCAGACACACCAGAGGAAGAGGGGGACCAGGAAGAGCAGGUCUUCCAGGAGGACGCGGGGCCCGUGCGCGGCGACACGGUGCCGUCUGACGCCGACUUCCUGCUGGGCAUGGCCACCGUGCCGGAGUGCAAGUCCUUCAGAAACACGACCUCCGGCUCCAUCUACAUCCAGGAGCUGUGCAGACAGCUGGGCCGAUCAGCACGCAGCUCAGACGACGACGACAUCCUGGCCGUCCUCACCAGGGUGAACAGGGAGGUCAGCAAGGGGGUUUAUUUAAGCUUCAAACAAAUGCCGGAGCCCAAGUACACCCUCACCAAGAAGCUCGUCCUCAAGUUUGUGGACAAGUCUACAAAUGUCAAAGUACCAUAAUCUGGAGGACAAAAAGACUGGGAUGUGUUUGCAUGUGUGUAGCUGUGUUUACCUCGGUGGUAUAGACGGCCAGAUGAUUUUAAACUUCUCAUUUUGUUUAUCAGAUGGAAUGAAAAGGAUUGUUUUCCCCUCCCUUAGGAAAUUUUUCAAAAUAAAACAGUAAGACUUGUCCAUCCAUGAAUUGCGUUUUACUUAUCUGACUGUGGGUAACGGGACAGCAGCCUCAGCGGAGACCGGACCCCCUCCCUCUGGGUCCUCCCCAGGAAUACUGGUCAUGAGAGUUCAAUGCUAUUAAAGCACUUUAGACUUUAAAUCAAAGCAUUCCCUUAUUUCUAUUUCUGAAAGGUGGGAACCCUAAACUUACUGUCGGGGCUGGACGACGCUUUAAAAGACGUCUUUGCUCGAUAUAAAGAGUACGGAAGAGUAUUAGGGCCAUGCAGGAGAAAAAAUAUUUGAGAGGGGAAUAUUUUUUUUUAUUGUGCACUUUGAGAAAAAAGUUGAAAUGUCGAGAUAAAUGU